UCCCGGGCUAGCGGCCGCGGCCGAGACCAGCUGUUAAUGGGCCCUCCACGGGAACAGAGGGUGGGGGGUUGUGCGUUUGCCGUCACCUUGGAAUGGUGAUCACAUAAGGUCAAGAUUCUAUAGCCUGUCUACGAUAGAAUGGGCUGUGAGUCGGUAGUGAAGGCUGUAGAGAGGGAUAAUUUGUUUUUAUGGUCAGGCUUCUGGUGGUUGGGACGCAUCGUGAGAGACCAGGUUUAUCGAAUACUCCAAACUUAUUCUUCACCGACUCAGUGACGGUUUAGAGUGUGUUAUUUUCCUAUAAGCCUUUAAUUUUCUUAUUUUCUUAUUUAUAUUAUAUCCGGAUAGUCCAGAGUUUGGGUUCUUGGGAAAUAUGGGGUGGGGGGGCAAGUUAUACGAGGCCGGUUCCCCCUGCUGGGUAUAGGGUUUCGUAUGGUAAUAAUAUGACAGCACCUUUUCUUCAAAAGUUAAUGUCUAGUAGACCCUAAUUCCUCAUGGUUUGGUGUAUUUACGGAAACUUCCCACUGUGUUUCUGUCGUGCUUUAUUUGUUUCUCUCUCCUCUCCACCCACCCAACCUCCUUUACCCCCCCGAUCCGUACAGCACCUCUACCACCGCCAUACUGCCUCACUCUCUAAAAUGUCCCCUAAGAAAAUACACACAACCCGCUCUGUCACCCGCAAAAAAGCUUUAGAUUGUCUCAACGAGAUGAUUGAAGUGGUCUGUCCUGCCAGUGUCCAUAAAAUAACUAUGGCGCAGCUAGACUUUAAGGAGGAGUUUGAGGGAUAUCACGUCCGCUUGGAAUGUGGGCCCAUCACUUGGACAAUCCAAAUGUGGGAAAACUGCAGUUUUAGAAGACUCACACUCUUUACACGAGAUGCUAUAGCUCCUGGUGAGUUCAUGCAUAUCAAAAAGAAAAUCGCCCUAUAACUAACCCGAGAAUGCUACUAUAUCUAGGUGGAAACAAUGGGUUAACAGAAGAUGGUCUUACAAGGGAUAGUAUCUGGGAGGGACACCAAUGCGAUGAACUUGUGGAGCGCCAUCGUCUCGGACGCCUCAGGGAGCUAUGGUGGGAGAAUGGAAUGCGUCAAAGUAACGAACAAGAAGGUGCCCUGUAUGUAUCUCCUUUUCCCCUCUUUCUAUUUCUACUGUAAAAAUUCAUCCAAUGGUGAAUGAGAAGGAAUGGUGACUACUACAAUUGAAAACUAACUGAUAACAAUCUGCAAAGCCUGGAAAACGUUGUAUCUCAGAUCCCACCUGGGGCACCCGGCCAUCAGACAUACAACCCUCUCCCCUUUCGAUCAUUCCAGUUCGAAUCGUCAACGGAGUCACCGGAGGAGGAUGGAUCCGACACAGACAGCCCCUGGGAAACCGAUUUUGAUGAGAGCGAAGAGCCUGAGGAUGAGGCUAUAGAUGAGGGGGAAGAUGGGUCUCAAGAGUAGAGUCUUAUGCUGAGCAAGAAGGAAGGCGGAAAGAUCAGGCAUAGAAAUUCUGCUUAUCAUAUAGGUUAUAUUGAUGGUUGAUUGAUAGUAUUAUUCUCCUUUCACUCAUUUCCUAUUGACUACCCUUAGUGAAAUGGUAGGUUUUCUUGAAUAUUCUGUGCCAGGGUUGACUCCUCUGUUGCUUAUGUAUUCAACUUUUCUUUCAUUUUUUUUGUAGUUUUUCGGAAAAGGUGAUCUAAAUUGUAUUACGGUGGUGACCUGAACUUCAAGUACAGUACAACUAAGAAUUUGUAUAUCAGAUAUAUAAUGUGAAAGUAUAGUUUCAUUAGUAAGGGAGUAGAAGUAAGCCGCUUUGCAAUUUACUUAUAUUCUUUUAAACUGUAGUUCAUAGCUUAUUAAUAUUUGCUUUAAUAGUCAUGUGGUUUUCCUAUCUAGAAGUAAAAAGAAAUUCUGCAAUUAUUAGUACUUUUUCAUUAUCAAGCUAGAAUCCUAAAUCUAUAAAUGCAAUUGUAGUAAUACUAGUAAUUUUCAGAAUAAUUAUUUUAUUUGCUUUA